UUAAUUGGAAUGAAAAUAAUUCGGCCUUAGCAUGUGAUUUUCUUGGUGAUGAUUUGUCUGAUGUUCGUAUUGAAUCAGAACUUUGUCGUGGACAAUGUGCUCAAACUUCAGGAUGUACUCACUAUACAUGGACUAUAUAUAGUGAUGGUACUUGUUGGAUGAAAUCUGGUCCCGUUUCCAAAAGUGAUGCGAUCUAUACCAAUGAUACAAGUAUGGUCUGUGGUAUAAUGGAUAAUGCUCCAAAAAGUGGCAUCCAGUGGAACGCAAAUAAUUCGGCCUCAGCAUGUUAUUUUCGUGGGAAUGAUAUGUCUAAUGUUCUUACUGCAUCAGACCUUUGUGCUGGACAAUGUGCUCAAACUUCAGGAUGUACUCACUUUGUAUGGUCUACAUAUAUGGGUGGUACUUGUUGGAUGAAAUCUGGUGUGGUUUCCAAAAGUGAUGUCAUCCAUACUGGUGAUACAAAUAUGGUCUGUGGUCUAGUAAUUGCCUCUUCAACAGGUGCAGUUGCUGAAGCUACCACUCCAUCCGGAAAUUGCUGCAAGCCUGGGUGUAGUCUGGGUGUGGUGUGGGUGUGGAUGUGUGCGGUAUGGGUGUUGGUGUGAUGUGUGGGUGUGUUAUUUUUAUUAAAAUUUUUAGAGAAGUAGCUGUUUUCUCUAUUUAUCAAAGGAAACUUUUUCUUCUUCUUUUCGACAAAUGCCUCUCGAUAUUAAUAUGAAGAACAAAAAAGGAAAAUUUUUUUGUUCGUUUUUGUAAAUUUUAUUGUUGACUAGUUUCCGCGAACUUUAAGAAGAUGUCUCUUCAGGAUUUUCAAAACCAUACAGGUAACGUUCAUUAACAUCGAAUGUUAAUUUACUGAGUCCUAGACUGACGAAAUGAUGAGAAAGAUGUCCUUAUAUUUCGCAUAAAAAUGAAUUCUGUACAAUGAUCACUAUAACAGCAAUAAUUCAUAAUUUUAACAUGUUCUUAGGGAUGUGCAGUAUCAGUAUACUGACCACCGAUAAAAUCACACUGGCGUUCACCGAUACGGUGACGACACUGACACUGAGCGCACUGUCUGCAGUGAUGCACUGACACUGAGUGAACUGUCUGCAGUGACGCACUGACACUGAGCGAACUGUUUGCAGUGACGAACUGUCACUGAGCGCACUGUCUGCAGUGACACACUGUCACUGAGCGCACUGUCUGCAGUGAUGCACUGUCACUGAGCGAACUGUCUGCAGUGGCGCACUGACACUGAGCGAACUGUCUUCAGUGACAUACUUACACUAAGCGCACUGACUGCAGUGUCUGCACCGACAUUUGUGUUCACUGGAUCAGUGUAUACACUGACACUGGCUGCACUUGUUGCACUGACGCAUACUGGAACACUGACGUACUGAUACUGAUUUCCAUUGAC